UCACCAGACCAUGCCCGCGCCGCACGCCCACGGAGAGCCCUGCGAGCUCGAGAGUGCACCAAGCCCUCACGCCCACGAAGAGCCCCGCGCGCCCGCGAAGAGCCCCGCGAGCUCGAGAGUGCACCCCACUGCUGCCCCCCUCACGCCCGCGUGCCCGCGAGCUCGAGA